GAUUUUAAACCACUUUUUUUUCCGCUUGGUUAUUAUCAGUAAGAUCAGAAGUUAUAUUGUCUACAUUAACUCACGUGUUUUGUGUGUGUAUCUGAGACCUUCAAAUGGCUUACUAUUACUAUAAAUUCGAAUGGCCGCUCGAAGACUCAGUAGAGUCCGUGCAAGUGACUGGAAACUUUGAUAAUUGGUCCAGAGCAAACCCUCCAUUGGCCAAAGAUUCCAAUGGGUUUGCGGGCAUAAUCAAGUUACCAGCGAAACAGAAAUUGAUCUUUAAGUUUGUCAUUAAUGGCACCGAGUGGAAGCUUGGUCCUCAUUACAAGACUGCUUCGGAUGAAAGUGGAAUCGAAAACAACUUCAUCGAUGAAGAUGAGUUGAGCUUGUACGAGGAGUUUGAGAAGGAAUCUACUGUUGAACCGGAGUCAGCCCUGGAAUCCACUGAGUCAGAUUCCGGGGGCAAGGAGCACGAAAUUCAUCAGGUAUUGACGGGUGCCUCCUCGUUUGCUGCCGUUUCGAUUCCUAGCAACUCUUCGAAGUUUGAGGAUUUGGCAGAAGCAGAUAGUCCACCAGUCACACCUACAGAGACACCUGUUACAGGCCUGGAUCCACGUCCAACGACAUCUUCUGCUGUAACCGGUGGAGGUACUGUCAUGAACUUGUCUGACUCCAAUUCGACUCUUAACAAACCUGAUGAAUUGAGAAUUCCAGGUUCCUAUCCGAUAUCUCCUGUUGCUAAAGGUGGUGAUGUUACCAAUACCCCUUCAAAUACUUCAGGUCGGUUCAAGAAGGAUGGGUUAGUUUCUAAGUUCAGGGGUUUGUUCAAGUACUAGGGGUACUUUUGGUUUGUUUCAGGUUUUGAUUGGAGAAAGAACACCUUCUCUAUUUCGGUUUCCUUGAUGUCUGGUAUCAUAGGUGUUCAAUCCUGUGCUUGUUUCUUGAUCCAAUUUUCAGUUCUAUCAUUUUACCUUUAAUAUCUGUAUUGUUUUUUGUGUUAUUCAAUUGUCUCUGGGAAAAGAAGGAAUGUUAUAUAUUUUAAUACAGAUCAAUAUAUGCUUGUUCUCAGAAAUCAUUUCUUACCGCUCUUCUUCUUUUUCUUCUUUUUAUCUUUAGUUUCUGCUGAAGGAGGUACUGCUGGAACAAGGGUAUCGAGUUUUUCAGACUCGUCGAACUUCUUAUUUGACAUGAUACUACUCAAACCUGGUACUUUUUGGGCAUCGUUGGAAGUAACACCUCGAGGACCCAAGAACGUAAUGAGUUUGGAGAGUUCUUUGACUUUGUACGUUUUGUAUUUAAUAACCUUCCCCAGGCUUGGCUCAAACACCUUAAAGGAAACAUAAUUGGAAGCGGAUUUCUCGCUAGGUUUUUUGGAAUUUUUGGUUCUUCUCUCAAGCUUCUUGUGCUCGUUGGCAUACGUUAUGGACACCCGGGCCGUCGUAGGGUACGCUGCUAGAAGUUUGGCGGUAGAACUUAUAAAUGUAUCGAGAGUGGACAUGAUUGGAGCUGAACGAUU